AUGGAUGGACCAGACGGGAUGCCGAUGGAUCUUAACCUCAUACCUGCGAUGGCGCCGCCGGAGGGUCAGGUGCCCAACUUUGAGAACCCGUCGGUGAACCAGGCGCCUGCGUACAUCGCCGUCGCGGCCGUGUUCAUGGCCCUGACGGUGUUUUUUGCUGGUGUGAGGUUCUGGGCGCGGUUUUUUGUGCAGAGGGCGCCGUGGUGGGAUGAUUUGUUUAUCUUUUUGGCGUUGUUGUGUCAAGGUGCCUAUAUUGGGUUGGCUAUCUGGCUCUCCCUCCACGGCGUGGGCAGACACAUGUGGGAUGUCUCCGUCGCGAGCGUCAUGAAGCUCAUCGAGCCUGGUCGAGCCAUUGGCGAUGUCACCGAGCCCGCCAUCGGUUUCACCAAGCUUGGUCUCUUGCUCUUCUACUACAAGCUCUUCGCCGUGAAUGACCUCACCAGAAUCGGCUCGCUCGUGGGCAUGGCUGUCGUCGUGCCGCUGUACACGGCGCUCUUUUUCGUCUUUGUCUUUAUGGAUGAGGCCUCGGCGUGGAAGGCGAACAAGGCCAUGGCCGUGUUCAACAUCGUCACCGAUUUCUACCUUCUCGUGUUGCCUCUCACUGCCGUGGUGUGGCUUCGCAUGGAGCGCAGAAAGAAGAUUGGUCUCAUUGUUAUUUUCUCCAGUGGUUUCCUCGCCUGCAUCCUCAGCAUCGUCGGCGCAGUCUACCGCUUCCGCGCCGCCGACGACCCCGACUUCACCUGGGUCCUUUCCAACGUCUACCUAGUCAACACGAUCGAAUGCUGCGUCGGCAUAAUCUGCGCCUGCGUCCCCUUCCUGCCCGCCCUCGCCAAAAAGUCCCCCAUCACGGCCGACUGGAUGAUCUCGCUCAAAUCCCUCCGCGACCGCAUCCUCUCGGCCGGCUCCCGCGGCUCCCGAGGCAACCGCUCCCACCCCUCGGCCAACGACUACGCUUACUACGGCAACUCCAAGGACCGCAACGCAAGCGGGGAGAUCGACCCCGAGCUUGGCGGUACUGCUUCCCUCCGACCGCCCACGGGCAAGAGCAGCAGCAAGAACACCACGCAGGAGGUGGGGUUGGACACGAUUGACGUGAUUGAUUCCAUGCCGGGGCUGUACGGGGAUGAGAGGAGCAAGGAGAGGAAGGUGAGGGGGGAGAUGUUUAGAAUGGAUCCGACGUUGCAGACGCAGACGGAGACGAGGGUGGGGAGUGACGGGGAGAGCGGGGAGGGGGUCAAAGGGGGGAUUGAGGUGAAGAAGGGGUAUGCGGUUACUGAGGGGAGGUGA